GAGAAGAGAGGCUGCAUUGACCACCUCCACCUCUUUCUUCUUCAACACCCCUCACCUCCUCCCUUUUGUUAGAAUAUUACACCUCCACCGCCUCUGUUUUUUUCUUCAUAUUUAACCACCUCCUCAUUCACGGCCACCAUCUCCUUGUCCACCUCUUCUACGAUAACAGAAUCCACCUCAUAUCCACGUUCUAUAUCCACCUCCUUCUCCACCUCCUCCUCAUAUAAACCCUUUUACCUUCACAACCCCCACCUAGUCAUCCGCUCUUACUCCCACACCACCGCCAUCUCAUCAUAUCCACCUCUUUCACCUCAUCCACAAGCUGCACUUAUCACCCCCACCACCUGCGCCCACCGGCUCCUCGUCCACUUCCUCGACGCUCGCCUCCCAGCCUCGCGUCACAGCAGGAGGUGGCGCCGGGGUGGAUGAGGUGAGAAGCCCUGGAGGCGCUGACGAUGACCCAGGGCGCGUGGGGGGUCGGCUCUCGGGGGUGAGAGGCGCUCUCAUGAGGCCGGGAGCUUCAGUGUAACGAGGCAUGAAUCGUCGCACCUCUCGCUCCACGUGUUCGCUACCUCCCGAUCCUCCACGGGUCCCGCAGGACCUCGGUAACAACAACAACAAGAACAGCGACGGCAUCGGUAGCCACCACCAGCAGCAGCCGUACCCCGCGCACUCACGGCGAGUUCGCAUCAACGUCGGGGGCAUUACCCACGAGGCACUUUGGCGAACAUUGGAACGCCUCCCACGAACACGCCUGGGCAGACUGCAAGCCUGCGUGGUGGGCAGCGAGGAGGCCAUCAUGGAACUCUGCGACGACUACAGUCGAGCAGACAACGAGUUCUUCUUCGAUCGACACCCGGGCGCCUUCACGUCAAUCCUGAACUUUUACCGCACGGGUCGCCUUCACAUGAUGGAGGAGAUGUGCGCGCUGUCCUUCAGCCAGGAGCUCGACUACUGGGGCGUUGAUGAGAUCUACCUGGAGUCGUGCUGCCAGGCGAGGUACCACCAGAAGAAGGAGCAGAUGAACGAAGAGCUGAGGAGGGAGGCGGAGAGCGCGCGGGAGCGGGAGGGGGAGCAGUUCGACGCCACGUACUGCGCGGAGAAGCGCAAGAAGCUGUGGGACCUCCUGGAGAAACCCAACUCCUCCCUGGCGGCUAAGGUCCUGGCCAUCAUCUCAAUCCUCUUCAUCAUCCUUUCCACGGUGGCUCUGUCUCUCAACACCCUCCCGGAGCUGCAACACAUCGACGAGUACAAACAGGCCACGGACAACCCUAACCUCGCGCACGUGGAGGCCGUCUGCAUCGCCUGGUUCACCACGGAGUACCUCCUGCGCUUCGCCUCCUCGCCCAACAAGUGGAAGUUCUUCAAGGGCCCUCUCAACGUCAUCGACCUGCUCGCCAUCCUGCCCUACUACAUCACCAUCUUCCUCACCGAGUCCAACAAGAGCGUCCUGCAGUUCCAGAACGUCCGCCGGGUCGUCCAGAUCUUCCGCAUCAUGAGGAUCUUGCGCAUCCUCAAGCUGGCCCGCCACUCCACGGGCCUCCAAUCGCUGGGCUUCACGCUCAAGCGCAGCUACAACGAACUCGGCCUGCUCAUCCUCUUCCUCGCCAUGGGCAUCAUGAUUUUCUCCAGCCUCGUCUUCUUUGCCGAGAAGGACGAGGACGGCACCAAGUUCCGCAGCAUUCCCGCCUCCUUCUGGUGGGCCACCAUCACCAUGACCACGGUGGGCUACGGCGACAUCUACCCCAAGACGCUGCUCGGCAAGAUCGUGGGUGGCCUGUGCUGCAUCGCGGGCGUGCUCGUCAUCGCGCUGCCCAUCCCCAUCAUCGUCAACAACUUCAGCGAGUUCUACAAGGAGCAGAAGCGCCAGGAGAAGGCGGUGAAGCGGCGCGAGGCUCUCGACAGGGCCAAGAGGAAUGGAAGCAUCGUCUCCAUGAACAUCAGGGACGCGUUCGCACGCAGUCUGGAGGCAACGACGGCAUCGAACGCAUUGGCGGCGGCGGCGGUGGAGGAGGAUGGGGACAGCGGGAAGCUGUUGCCCGACACGGAGAGGAUUUCACCCGCCAGGGAGAGUGAGCGGGUGAACCACAUCCCGUUGCAGGGGUUUGCACCUUCGUCGUCGUCGUCAUCGGCCAGAGAUGGAGGCCAUGCAGCCGAGGAAAACGCGCAAGGCCGGAGCGUCGUCGAGGUCGGUGGUGGAGCGUCGUCGGGUAGCGCCGUCGCUAUCACCGCGGCCUUCAACAACGCCACUUGCACCACCACAAACACCACCACCGCCGGCAGCAGCAACGUAGAGGCGCCCGAGCACCUGAAUGCACGGAGGCUUGAGAAGAUGUACAGUGAUCUGGUGUCGACGGCGACGACGCCGAGGGUGGCGCUCAUGCCACUGCCGAUGGAGCCUUGGUCCGAACAGGGAGUGGGCGUCAACUCGAGGCCCCGCGGCCUUGCUCCUCCGUCCAGAAGAGACCCCAGGGUAAGCGACAUGCGAAGUCUCUCUAGUGUCGACAGCUUCGUGAGCUGCGUCACGGACUUCGCCGACAGCAACGGCGGAGGACAUGGCGGUGGAGCCGCAUCGACCUUCAGGGUCGGGUCAGAAGGAGACCUCCUCCUCCUGGACCUCGCAGGGCUCAAGGGGCAGGCGGGGACCCAAGGGGUGCGUGUGGCCGUGGGGCAAAAUAUGCUCGGAAAAGGUGUCAAUGAGGUGGCAUCCAAGGGGAAUGCAUUACUCUUCCAAGAUUCUUCAUCGGCUCUGUCGCCUUUUCUGUCCUCGGCAACGUCAUCAUCCUCAUCAUCGACGUCAUCAACUUCAUCUUGCUCAUCAACAUCAUCGCUCGUCCAAACCAAAGAGCAUCAUCAUCAGCAGCAGCAGCAGACGGCUAGUGUGAGUUGGGUGACAGACUCAGAGAGCGAAGGCACGAUGGAGAGGGGACAUCAGCAUCAUCGCCAGCAUCAUUAUCGUCAUCCUCUUCAUAAUCAGCAGCAGCAGCAACAGCAGGAACUUAGGCAGCGGCCAAAGUUGACUUCGCAGGCGAGCGUAGGUUGGUCUGCUAUGGAUACAAGCAUGAUAGAACACGAGCACAGUCACCAACAUCAGCAGCAUCAUCACCACGAACCGAACAAUCCACACCACCAACACCAACCACACCACCGCCAACAACCGCGCCUCUCUCGUCAGCCCUCAUCAGAGGCUGCCGGCCGCUCACCCUGCGAGGUGGCAAAAUGUUUGGGGAGCGUGCAAAAUUGUGCCCGAACCGGGUUCCUGUGCGCGCACAUUCGCGCUCCGCUGGCGGACGGGGAAGACUUGAGCGACGAGACAAGGAUGUGAUGAUGAUGGUCGUGGUGAUGAUAAUUGUGGUGGUGGUGAUUAUGAUAAUGGUGGCGGUGGUAUAAUUGUGUUAUGGUAAUCAUCACCUCUGCCACAAACCUGCUCCCAAUUCUACAAUUGACAUAUCAUCCGUUCACGUCAGGUCACAUGUUGAGAGGAAGAAAGCCAACGGCUCUCACUUUGUAGAUAGAUGCACGCCUAAGAUGCGUAGUCGUGUUUUCCGACACGAAUUUUGGUGACAAAAUAUUAAAUAAAUAAAUAGAAUCUACUCUUGCGACCGCCACCAUAAGCGCUGCUGUAAAUGACCACUGCUGUGAAUGACCACUGCACACCUCCGAUUAGCACGGUUGGCCAGGUACGGCGAGAAAGAAAGUUCAACAUACUGUACCGUGCAUACACUGCGGUGACCUGAAUAUUUAUCCAAACACGAUGUCUCCUUCACGUAAGCGAACAGUAAAACAAAACAGCAAAUUCCAGCACGCCUCGCAUGCCACGAUGGAGCGUAGUGACGAUGUGUUGUUGCUACACGACACACUACACACAUUCCUUUCCAUUGGCACCAGCUCCAAGAAGAAGCGCAGGCUGGUAGAGUUCGUGGACCGUUCGCAAGGGGCGUGAAGGCGACUCUUAUAUACCAGCGCCUAACUGUCCUGUUCCGUUCCGCGAUGACGUAACCGCGGUGGGGGGGGGGGGGGGGCACUGCCGCGAUGUCGAGUGGCUAUCCAA